AUGUCGCCUGGCACGCGUCGCCCAGCCAAGACCCUGCAGUAUCCCAGACUCUCUCGUGGCUUCGUACCACCCCAUUUCGCUUCCCGGCUCUCCCGCUUUGCCUUCACAGACGACCCGCAGUACGCAAAGGGCAUUCCUCCAGAGUUCUCGCUCGCGUGCGAGCAGAUCUUUCGCCUGAUGCCGGAGGACUACUGGCUUGACAAGUGGGACGAGCUGGACAAGUUGAAGGAGGAGCGGGCGGUCAUCCGCUCCCGGUUGCGAGAAGGCAAGGGUGUUCGCAGCGAGCUGCUCAAGGUGAGCGAGGACAUGCGACAGCGCUUGGGAGAACUGGCUAUGGGCUAUACGUCGGUACGGUCAACUCUUCUCGAUAACGCUCGCGACAACUUUCUGAUCUACCUUCACGAGCGCGGCAUCGUCAGCGAGUACUGGUGGCAAGCUCUCGAGGAGUUUGCUGAAGGCGCAGCUGGAGGACUCUCGCUCUACUGGCCAGCUUCGGCGCGGCGGGGGUGUGCGGAAGGAGCGAUGGUUCGGGCUGACUGGGUCGUGCAACGGUUUGCGAACGAACGCGCCGAUAACGGCCGACUGCCUCCGCCUCAACUCGCCUUCCUCCACUCCCCUCCUCCAGGUCUUGCUUCGGACCCUCCCUUACCAAUCGUCUACAUCCCACCUCGUCAUAUGUCUUCGACGGCUUCAACGGCAUCAGAAUUCGACGUACCGCCGCCGCCCUACAGCCCUUCCCAGCAGCAGUCCGACUCUACCGUACGUGUGCCCGAAUCGCCUCGUGCGAGACCUGCUGGUCACGGCCACGUCGUCGAUCUCGUCGACCUCAUCGACCUGAACAACGAGCGCGCAACGACACAACCGGAUUCAUGA